AUGGCUUCAAGAUCAGAGGAGGAUCUCUGCUGUCCGAUCUGUCAUGACAUCUAUGGAGAUCCUGUUGUUCUAUCAUGUAGCCACAGCUUCUGUAAAGACUGUCUGAAGAGCUGGUGGAGAGAGAAACAAACACGGGAGUGUCCAGUUUGUAGGAGAAGAUCUUCAAGGGAUGAACCACCCUGUAACCUGGGGUUAAAGAACCUGUGUGAGUCCUUCUUACAGGAGAGAGAUCAGAGAGCUUCAGAGGCUCUCUGCAGUCUGCACUCUGAGAAACUCAAACUCUUCUGUCUGGACCAUCAGCAGGCAGUGUGUGUUGUCUGCAGAAACUCAGAAAAACACACCGACCAUAUAUUCAGACCCAUCAGUGAAGCUGCACAACAACACAAGAAGAAACUUCAGGAAGCUCUGGAGCCUUUAAAUAAGAAGUUAAAGGUUUUUAAAGAAGCUAAAGUGAAGUUUGAUCAAACAGCAGAACACUUUCAGGUCCAGGCCCGAUUCACAGAGAUGCAGAUUAAGGAGCAGUUUAAGAAGCUUCACCAGUUUCUAGAAGAGGAAGAGGAGGCCAGAAUGGCUGCACUGAGGGAGGAAGAGGAGCAGAAGAGUCAGAUGAUGGAGGAGAAGAUGGAGGCUCUGAGCAGAGAGAUAGCAGAUCUUUCAGACACAAUCAGAGCCACAGAGGAUGUGCUGAGAGCUGAACACGUCUCAUUCCUGCAGAACUACAAGGCUGCAGUGGAAAGAGUCCAGCAGCGCCCCCUGCUGGAGGAUCCACAGCUGCCCUCAGGAACUCUGAUAGACGAGGCCAAACACCUGGGUAACCUGACCUUCAACAUCUGGAACAAGAUGAAGGACAUGGUCUCAUACAGUCCUCUGAUUCUGGACCCAAACACUGCUCAUCCAGACCUCAUCCUGUCUGAAGAUCUGACCAGAGUAAGAGCAGGAGAGAAACAGCAGCUUCCUGAUAAUCCAGAGAGGAUUGAUUAUUCCUUCUCUGUUCUAGGCUCUGAGGGCUUUAACUCAGGGACUCACAGCUGGGAUGUCGAGGUUGGAGACAGUGAACGCUGGACACUGGGUGUGUUAGCAGAGUCUGUCCAGAGGAAGGGUCUCAUACAGUCUGGAUUCUGGGGAAUAUGGCUCUUUGAAGGUAAAUACUCAGCAGGAUCAUCGGGUCCAACCACAGUUCUUCCAGUGCUGCAGAAGCUCCAGAGGAUCAGAGUGAAUCUGGACUGGAACAGAGGAAAGCUGUCGUUCUCUGAUCCUGAUACUAACACACACAUACACACCUUCACACACACUUUCAUUGGGAAGAUGUUUCCAAUUAUUGGCACUGUGGGUGAAUUGAAGAUAUUUCCACAGAAGAUCUUUGUGACAGUGGAACAGAGCAGUUAGGGAUAAAAAGGAUGAUUAUAUUAAUUAUGUUGUUUAUGCCUUGAAGGUAAAAGUCACUAAAAUAACU